CUAGAAACAAUGCAGUCUUCUCCAAUCGUGUUAGACUUCUCCUCCGCCUUUCGCCACCCACGCGCCGCCGCGUUGGCCACUACCUCCGGCGUAGCGAAUUCCCACUCUCCGGCGAGAAAAUCUCACUCUAAUAACGUAACGCCAUCUUUAUUUUCGCCUUCCUCGACACUAGAGCUAAUUUCUUCUUCCCGUGGAUGUUUCACCUGCCGAUUUGGCGACAAUUCUCCGCGGUUCAAUUCGAGCGGCGAUGAUUAUUGUAGCGAGGAUGAAAAUGAAAUCGAUGAAGAUGAUUAUUUGCUUGAUUGCUUGACAGAUGGGAAGACGGAUGAUUUGCUAGGCGACGAUGGUGUUCUCAUCGAGGUGAAGAAACUCGAGAAGAGCUCGCGGCGAAUCCGUUCGAAGAUUGGAAUGGAAGCGAGCCUCGAUUCCGUUUGGAGCGUAUUGACUGAUUACGAGAAGUUAUCGGAUUUCAUCCCAGGCCUCGUUGUUAGCGAAUUGGUCGAGAAAGAAGGGAAUCGUGCUCGUCUUUUCCAGAUGGGACAACAGAACUUAGCACUGGGUCUUAAAUUCAAUGCCAAAGCUGUUCUAGAUUGUUUCGAGAAGGAGCUUGAGAUUCUCCCACAUGGGAGGAGACGUGAAAUCGACUUCAAGAUGGUUGAAGGCGAUUUCCAGUUGUUUGAAGGCAAAUGGUCCAUUGAGCAAUUUGACAAAAGCAUUCACGAGGAGGCUUUGGAUUUUCAGUUUAAAGAUUUUCCGACGACGCUUUCAUACACGGUAGAUGUAAAACCGAAGAUGUGGCUACCGGUGCGGCUAGUUGAAGGAAGAUUGUGCAAAGAGAUAAAAACAAAUCUUUUGAGUAUUCGAGACGCAGCACAGAAGGUCAUACAAGGUGUUAUUCAUGAUCUUUGAGUUUUCUUCUCUUUGAGCCAAGGUUGAAGUAGUGUCCUACUUCUUUCUCUGCAGGUUAGAUAGAUACAAUAAUAAGCCUAUAUAUUCUUUGUAUUUUGGUGAAUUUGAAAGCUUAUGUACAAUUGGCUUUACAUACACGUUGUUGUCAAAUUGUAUAUUCUUCUGAUCUAUAUACCCUUUGAAAUAUCGAAUAUAUAAUACAAAGUUUUUUCGA